CAGGGCUUUUGAUCCAGCGCCGGUGCCACAAGCCGAGGCGUCCGAAUACUGGGACAGCCUCUUCCCAGCCACUUUGUUGACUGCGUCGCGGCCACGAGGCAGCCCCACCCGUACUCAUCAAUAACCCAGGCAAGGGCAGCCAAGAGAUGGACGCCCCAAACCUCAACGAGCGCUCGACGCUGUCCAUGCGCUCGACCGCCUCGGUCUGGACCGACGCGAACGACACGUGGUCCCAGCAGCCCCUGUCGAAGGCCGACCUCGCGGAGGAGCUCCGGUACGAGGAGGAGGCGUCGAUCCUCGCCGACCGCGCGCACGCGUCGAAGCUGAGCCGGCGGCGGCGCUGCAUUUCCAACGUGAACAUGAGGACGAUGCGCGGCCGCGUGCCGCCGAAGCCGCGCGCCGCGGCCGACCUCACGUACGACACAUCAUCAGCCUACGCCCUCAUGCGGCCGAACACGUCCGCGGGCCCCGAGAUGCGCCGGGGCGCGCAGGCCGUGUCCGGCGGCUGCGUGCUCGACACGCCCGAGCUCUUCGCGUACGAGAAGCUGGGACUGCGGGGCCGGGCGAAGCGAGUCCCUAGACCGGAAGUAGUGCGCAAAGGCCACGGGCCGUCGACGGUCGACCUGCCCGUGCCCUCGCUGCACAUGCUCUCCACGAAGCGGCGGCCGUUGAACUACGUGUCGAUGAAGACGAAUCGCGGGAGGCAGCCGAUGAUCCCGAAGCCCGUCAGCGACGCCUGCUACGCCCCGAAGUACUCGCUGACCGACAAGGCCGUGCUCUGCAAGUUUUCUGUUAAUGCGCGCGCGCCGCCGCGCUUCGGGACGACCCCCACCGGCUCGCAGAACGCGUUCUGGCUCUCGAACGCCGGCGUCAUCGCGAUCAACGGCGCGCGGAACGGCAUCACGCCGGCGAUCAUCCGGCCGGAAUGCUCGCCGAUCAAGCGCUGGCGCCGCUAGCAGUUUGCCCUAACUUUUUGGCGCGUCG